CCCGCGCCCAACGAUCACACUCGUCAUCCCUAAGCUGGAAUCGGCAUCCCACCUGGACCACCUGUGAUUGUCUGCUGUUCAAAAUUGAAUAUACUCGGUUAUCUCCGUGAUUCUUUAUCAGGUCUUUUUCUUUUGCAUGCGAACAUCUCUUCCCGGCAGGCAUCUUAUGAGACGAACCCUACAGUCGACUCCUCCUACUUGGCCAUUGUUGGAAUGAACCGUCCUUCAUAAAAGGAUCUUUAGAGACAGAAUGGCAAACAUCACAGUCCAAGCCUCCGUCCUCCACGGAGUUAAAGAUCUCCGAGUCGAAGAACGCCCCCUCCCAACCCCAGCAAACGGCGAAGUCCAGGUAGCCGUCCAAGCCACCGGCCUCUGCGGCUCCGACUUGCACUACUUCUCCCACUUCCGCAACGGCGACAUCCUCGUUCGCGAACCCCUGACACUGGGCCAUGAAUCUGCCGGCGUCGUCACGGCCAUCGGACCCGACGUCUCUACCCUCGCCGUUGGAGAUCGUGUCGCGCUCGAAGUCGGCCAGCCCUGCGAAGCCUGCGACCUGUGUCUCGAAGGCCGAUACAAUAUCUGCCCUUCUAUGAAGUUCCGGAGCUCCGCCAAAGCCUUCCCGCAUGCCCAAGGCACUCUCCAGGAGAAAGUGAACCACCCAGCCAAGUGGUGUCACAAACUUCCAGACAAUGUGUCCCUCGAACUCGGCGCCAUCGUAGAAGCCCUCUCCGUAGCAAUGCACGCUUACGACCGCGCCGUUUUGCAGGGUAACGCGACCGUUCUAGUUCUCGGUGCUGGCGCCAUCGGCCUCCUUUGCUCCGCCGUCAUCAGGGCUACCGGACACAAAGCCAUCAUAGCCGACAUCCAAGAAGAUCGCGUCCGGUUUGCUACGGAUAAUGGCUUCGCCCACGCUGGCGUCGUCGUCCCCCCGAGACGCCCUGCCUCCAUCGAGGACAAGCUAUCUUACGCCCAGGAGGUUGCCGAGUUGGUCAAGGCUGCCCAAGUGGAAGGCAAAGCCGCAGGGCAGGUGAAGGUCACUUUUGAGUGCACGGGUGUCGAGACAUGCAUGCAAACGGCGAUAUACUCUACGCGGCCCGGCGGCAAGAUUCUCAUCAUCGGCAUGGGGACCCCUAUCCAGACCCUGCCCAUCUCGGCCGCUGCCCUUCGUGAAGUCGACCUCGUUGGGGUCUUCCGCUACGCCAACUCGUACGCGAGGGCCAUCGAGCUUAUCGCCCAGCGGCCCCCGGACCUGCCUCCUCUCGAGAAGCUCGUCACUCACAGGUUCUCCGGUCUGGCGCGUAUUCGGGAUGCUUUUGACAUGGCUGCAAAGGUGAAGGACGAGUCGGGGAAUUUGAUCAUCAAGGUCGUAGUAGACAUGGGCGCCGGGCCGGGUGACUCACGAUAGGUACUGAAUUAUUGGCCGUCUAUAAUUAUUUUAUACGGGACGAGGGAAUGGCCUCAAAACUAGAUGCUAUUGGCUUAUGUGCGCUUUUUCGGUACGUGGCAUGUUCAUGCUAUGGAUAGAAUCAACACGAAAGCCCUAGGGACAACCUCCCAAAUGAUAAAUCUCCCUAAGCCUUGUCGGGGAAACCAAAGUCGACAUUGAAGGCAGGGUAGACGUAACGCUUGAGCUCCUGCUUGGCGACCAGGCCAGUCGAGUAAUCAGUU